AUAAUUUAUAAAAUUUGGAUCAAAAUCUUUCUUUUUCUUUCCCUUUAAAGUGAAAGACAAAAUCUCGAAACUCUCGUUUUCACACAGCGUUCUUCCAAAUUCGUUACUCUCAUUCUCAAAUCUCUGCAUUUUCACCUUUCCAUUUUUCAGAUCACUGUACCAUUACACGGAUCGGUAUGGCAGUCAUGGCGACAAUAAUGAAUAGGCAGCAUUUGCUGACCUACAUCUACCUUCUGGUUUACAUUUCACUUUCCUCGGGUGUUAUUUUGUACAACAAAUGGGUCCUCUCCACACUGUAUUUUAAUUUUCCAUUUCCAAUAACACUCACUAUGAUCCAUAUGGCUUUUUCUGGCGGAGUUGCAUUUUUCCUUAUCCGUGUUCUAAAGGUUGUAGCGCCUAUUAAAAUGACAUUUCAUAUAUAUGCAACUUGUGUGGUCCCCAUAAGCGCCUUCUUUGCAGCAAGUUUGUGGUUUGGGAACACUGCUUAUUUGUACAUUUCCGUGGCUUUCAUCCAGAUGCUUAAAGCCCUAAUGCCAGUGGCAACAUUUCUCGUGGCUGUUACUCUCGGAACUGAGAAAUUAAGGUGUGACGUGUUCUGGAACAUGAUAUUGGUCAGUGUGGGAGUUGUUAUUUCCUCCUAUGGGGAGAUUCAUUUUAAUGUGCUCGGUACAGUUUAUCAAGUCUCAGGAAUAGCUGCUGAAGCAUUGAGGCUGGUCUUAACUCAAGUUCUUCUUCAAAAUAAAGGCUUGACACUAAAUCCUAUUACCAGCUUGUAUUACAUAGCACCCUGCAGCUUUGUAUUCCUUUUUAUUCCAUGGUAUAUCCUUGAGAAGCCUGAGAUGGAAGCUCCACAUAUGCAGUUCAACUUCUGGAUAUUUUUUUCAAAUGCUCUCUGUGCUUUGGCAUUGAACUUCUCAACUUUCUUAGUGAUUGGUAGAACUGGGGCAGUAACUAUUCGAGUGGCUGGAGUCUUGAAAGACUGGCUACUUAUCUCUCUUUCAACUGUCUUAUUUCCCGAAUCAAAAAUUACAGGACUGAAUGUUAUUGGCUAUGCUAUUGCUUUAAGCGGGGUUGUUUGUUACAACUACCUGAAGAUCAGGGAUGUGCGGACAUCUCUACUUCAAAUUAUCCCUGAUGAAUCAGCAAAGGAGCUGCAUAUGGAGAAAAAGGCAGAUGAUGAUGGGAAGACCAAUGAAGAUAGUCAAUGGGAUGAUACAGUUUUGGAUUCUCCUAAUUCUCAUUUCGACGAAGAAGCGCCUUUAAUGUAUUCGUCACGGAUAUCUCAUCUAGGAAGAAAACCAGCUUAGAGGCAAAAAAGACAUUCAUCUUGGAAGAAACCUAGCUUAUCAACAAUCGGAGUUUUAAAAGUCAAAAGGUCUUAAAGGAACCAAAACAAGUAUAUGUCUUAACCUUUCUUCCCAAGAGAAGUACAGAGAUAUAUCCUUUAGAAGAGGGAGGAAAAGAUGAAAGAAAACAGAGCAGAGGAAACAUACAUAUUCUUUCAGCAUAGUUGAUUUCUUUAAUGAAUGUUAAAAGUAUUAAUUAGUAAAUUGAUUCAUUUUUGUAUAGGCUUUUCGGCUGGAUCAUGCAAUGAAGAUUCUAUUAAUUUCACAUGGAUUAUUAAUUUCUCUGA